UCUUCUAUAGCUUUGUUUUGUUUCCAUGGCAGAAAAAGCAGCAGCAAGUGAUGUGAGGCACACUGUACUGGCUAAGUUUAAGGCAGAUCUGAGUACCCAAGAGCUUGAACAGCUCAUUACAGAUAUGGAAGAUCUUUAUUCUAAAAUUGAAUUUGCAAAGUCUUUUGAAUGGGGAACUGAUUUUGGAGAAGUGAAACGACACAAGGGCUUCACUCACAUUUUUGUAAUGACAUUUUAUGAGACGGGAGGACUUGAUGCGUUUUUUAUCUCAUCUUGCUCACAUAGCUUAUGGUAUCAAAUUCAUGGCCUCCAUUGAAGACAUCCUUAUUUUUUAUUACCAACCAUCAUAUACUAAGUCUAACAUCAACCCCCCUAUCUCAUAACAUAUUUCCUUAUGAUAAAAAAAUAUGUUUAAUUUGUAUGAAGUAUUUACAUCAAUAAAACAUUGG